AGCAUAGCCGCAUGCUUUCAGUUCUCCUGCUUUAAGAGUUCGUUUCCUGCUUUGUGAAGGAAUUACAUUUAAAUAUCUGAGGGAGAAAGACACGACAGACAGAUACAAUGGAGGUGCUGGUGCUGAUCGACUUCGAGGGCACCAUGGGAGAUGAGCUAACAGUGAGGAUGGGGGAUGUGGUUAAAAACGUCACCAAGGCCAGCGAGGAGGGAUGGCUGGCGGGGGAGCUGAGAGGACAGAGAGGCAUCUUCCCUUCCAACUUUGUCAAGGAGGUGCCAGUCUCUUUGAUAGGUGACAUUAUGAGGGAACCACGAAGCAUCAGAACAACAAAGAGGAUGAAACAGCCGAGGAAAUGUGAGGUAACCUACGCCUACAACGCGCUGAAUGAAGAUGAGCUGGAGCUGGUUGUUGGGGAGACUAUCGAGAUCAUGAAUGAGAUUGAAGAUGGAUGGUGGAUGGGGGUGAAAAAUGGCAAAGUGGGGGCAUUUCCAUGCAAUUUUGUCCAAGAAAUCUUUGUUUCCCCAAAAGACCUUAAACACAACGAGGGCAAGAUAAGACCCAAACUCGCAGACGCUGUGUUCAAUAAAGGGCUGUCUCAAAAAGCAAGUGUGAGGAAUAAAGCAAAAAAUGUGGUGGAGUGUUGCCAAGUCAUGUUUAACUAUAAGGCCAAAGCAGAGGAUGAGUUGGACAUGAAACAAGGAGACAUUGUUAUGAUACUGAGGAAGGAAACAGAAGAUGAUGGCUGGUGGGAGGGAGAGCUGAACGGACGCUGUGGUUUCUUCCCUGAUAACUUUGUCAUGGUGAUACCACCAAUGGAUAGUCUGAACCCUGCGACCACAAGCCAACCGCCUGUACGCAACUCCAACAACAAACUCUCAGUAAAGACAGACGCCACAGCAAUGGAAAAAGGCGGUUCAACAAAGACAAAAGAUGAUAAAACAGAGGUUCAGAAAGACUUCAGAAGCAAUCCUCCAACCAAAGUCAAGCUGCCAUCCAUCAACAAGCCUAUCCCGCCUCCCGUCAAAGACAAACCUAGCAAGCUUUUACCUAAUAAACCCAAUGGUGAUGUGGCUGCUGCCUUACCAAAACAAGCAGAGGAGAAAGAGACAGACCAGUUUGAUGGAGUGGACGUGCAGACUGAAAAGCUGAGCCAUCCCACAGCAAAUAGAGCCAAACCCCCAAACAGAAGACCACCAUCAGGCCUGGUCACAGUAGCACAGAAUGCCACCGACCAGACAGAACCAGAUGUAUCACCAAAAAAGCUUCAGACAGAGAAAUUACCUGGCUUGCAAAAGGGUACAGAAAAUCUCAUGCCAUCGCCUGCAAAGCCGGAUCUUCGUCCCAGAACGCCGCCUCCAGUUCGACCAGCACCGCCCAAAGUAGUUGUGGAUGGCAAAACUGUGAACAAUAAAGAGGAGCCAACUGUAGAGAGCCUGCAGGCUGACAUCAAAGAACUGAGGAUGGCUCUGGAGCUGCUGCAGACACGACAUGACCGAGACAUGCAGGAAGUGAAAGAAGAACUGAGGGAAGAAAGAAACAAGCGACAGGCACUGCAGGAGGAAGUUUCAGCUAUGACGAUGAAACAAUAACCCCAAACACAAAUUGUGAUUGGACUGUCUGAAACUGUGCCAUGAAGGCCUUUGAGCUGCAAAUUUGAACAAGAUGAACUUUUUUUUGAUGUGGAGCCACGGAGAGGAGGAAGAAAACCAAGCGAACCCUCCAACUGCAGACAUACAAAUGAGGACUUCAUUAGUCAAAGGAUCUAGUGAAUCCUGCACUAGACCAAGGACACUGGAUCCUUAAGAAUACUUUUACAAGAUGUACUGAUAAAAUAUUUUACAUAUUCUAAUGCUGGAGAUCACAGUUAUUGAUAAAAAGUGGAAUAUCUUGUUUUGCAUUGUUCUAUUUUCAACUAUCACAGUUCCUAUUUCAACAUAGGUUUCACUGAACUUUUGACAUUUACAGCAUUGAUGCCUCAGCUAAAUAUGUAUAGCUGUAAAUAGGAGACAAUAUUGCAAUGUCCUUUUUUAGAAAACUUUAAGAUCAUUUGGAUCAUCCUCAAGAAUAUUAAUAUUUGAAAAGCUACUGUCAAAAACUGACAGGUAAAUUUUUAUACCAGAAUGUAAUAAUGCAUUGAUCCACUGGGGGGCACUGUACAUCUAGUAUUAUAAAGAAGUUCUUACCUUUCCACAGUGCCUGCUGCAUUUAUGGAAGUGGGCUGGAGCUUGUGACCUCACAUACUGAUAUUACAUUGAGAAAAGUAAAUGUGUUAAGAUGUAAGAUUUAAGUGUUAAUAAAGAGUGCUUUUAUG